UUUUAUCAACUUAAUUUAAAUUUUAUUUAUCAGAAAAUUUUAAGACAGACUCUUUAACUCAGAUAAGAAGUAUCAAGAAAUCCAGUAAUUCAAUUUUAUCUCAUUAAUUUUUUUUAAAUACUUAUAUCAGUUUUUCUAAUUUUUGUCUUGUAAAAUUAUUAUUUUACAGAUAUUCCGUUUAGAAUCAUCAGGGAUCAUUCUCAGCAAUCAAGCAUUAAACAACCAUCUCCUCCCCCUAUUCAACCUCUUGCAGAACUUAAAGAUGAUGACCAGAUGUCUUUGCCUGGUUCAGAUACUCAUGGUCACGGCUGUUGUCGAAAAGUUUUAAGUGAACUAAAAAGCUUAAAAGCUUUGAUUUCGACGAUUUAUCUAACAAUAUCAGAUAAAAAUAAUAAUGCCAAUAAUGAUACUGUCAGAGAAACAGUAGAUUUUGGAUUGCCGAUCCAAACUCGAAGUCAGUUGGCAGCAUUUGAGAAUAAAAUUCAAAAUGUGGUCGCAUCUACUCAAUAUCGAGAAAAUAUUAAACAGCUUGGUGGUGCAAGUUUUGAAAAGCAUGUAAGGAACACAUUAGUGUUUACUGUUUCUGAUACAAUGGCAUAUAAAAUGAGUUGGACAGGUGUCAAAAAUACGAUUAAGAUCGACGGAUUAACAUUUAUAAAAUUGAUUAAAGAAACAAUUUUACAAAAGUGGAGUGCCUCUGAUAAAGAGAAAAUCGAAAAAGUAAUAAAAUCAUGGUUCCAGCAUGCUGGCGAUCGCCUUAAAUAAUUACUUGAGCUUAUUUAUAUUGGUUUGUAAUAGCGUCAUUAUUCAAAUAAACAAUAAUUAAACCUAUUUUCCAUGUCAAU